UGGCCGCGUCCGGCCCCGCCAUGGACCACCAGGAGCCCUACUCCGUGCAGGCCACUGCGGCCAUCGCGGCGGUCAUCACCUUCCUCAUCCUCUUCACCAUCUUUGGCAACGCGCUGGUCAUCUUGGCUGUGCUGACAAGCCGCUCGCUGCGAGCCCCGCAGAACCUGUUCCUAGUGUCGCUGGCCGCCGCUGACAUCCUGGUGGCCACGCUCAUCAUCCCUUUCUCGCUGGCCAACGAGCUGCUGGGCUACUGGUACUUCUGGCGCACCUGGUGCGAGGUGUACCUGGCGCUUGACGUGCUCUUCUGCACCUCCUCCAUUGUACACCUGUGUGCCAUUAGCCUGGACCGCUACUGGGCCGUGAGCCGCGCGCUGGAGUACAACUCCAAGCGCACCCCGCGCCGCAUCAAAUGCAUCAUCCUCACCGUGUGGCUCAUCGCAGCCGUCAUCUCGCUGCCGCCCCUCAUCUACAAGGGCGACCCGGGUCCCCAGCCCCGAGGGCGCCCUCAGUGCAAGCUCAACCAAGAGGCCUGGUACAUCCUGGCCUCCAGCAUUGGAUCUUUCUUUGCACCCUGCCUUAUCAUGAUCCUUGUCUACCUGCGGAUCUAUCUGAUCGCCAAGCGCAGCCACUGCAGAGGUCCCAGGGCCAAGGGGCGCCCUGGGGAGGGUGGGUCUAAGCAGCCCCGCCCUGUCCCUGGGGAAGUUUCAGCCUCAGCCAGAUUACCAACUCUGGUCUCUCAACUGGCUACUGCUGGAGAGGCCAAUGGAUGCUCCCAGUCCACUGGGGAGAAGGACGAGGGGGAGACCCCUGAAGACCCUGGGACCCCCGCCUUGCCACCCAGCUGGCCUGCCCGCUCCAGCUCAGGCCAGGGUCAGAAGGAAGGUGGGACAUCUCUGGAGGAGGAGGGGGCUGAAGAGGAGGAGGAGGGGUGUGAGCCGAAGGCCUUGUCAGCGUCUCCCGCCUCAGCUUGCAGCCCACCCCUGCAGCAACCACAGGGUUCCCGGCUGCUGGCGACCCUACGCGGCCAGGUGGUCCUGGGCAGGGGCAAGGGCACCGCAGGGGGGCAGUGGUGGCGGCGGCGGACGCAGCUGACCCGGGAGAAGCGGUUCACGUUCGUGCUGGCCGUGGUCAUUGGCGUCUUCGUGCUCUGCUGGUUCCCCUUCUUCUUCAGCUACAGCCUGGGUGCCAUCUGUCCUCAGCACUGCAAGGUGCCCCAUGGCCUCUUCCAGUUCUUCUUCUGGAUCGGCUACUGCAACAGCUCGCUGAACCCUGUCAUCUACACCAUCUUCAACCAGGACUUUCGUCGUGCCUUCCGAAGGAUCCUUUGCCGCCAGUGGACCCAGACAGCCUGGUGA